AUAAUAGUUGACUGUGAUCAGAAGUCGACCAGAGUUACUGAAGUCUUCUCCCCUCUCCCUCAUGUAAACAACUGCUCAGCUCGUCUUUGAGAAUCAAAGGCAAACCUCAUGGCAGCACAGACUCCACUAAGGCUGGGAACCCUCAGACAACCACCAACUAUGGAGAUGUGAUGGUUUGAAGCAGCUGAACACUGAGUGUAAUAUGGACAUGAAAAUGUACGUUGGCUACAGAGUCACCACUGACAACAACUUCACGCAGGCCGUGGUGUCUGAUUCUCUAGAAACAUCAUCAUUAGAGGACCAUCAGGCCUACGUCAUCAGCCUGGUCCUCUCCGUGCUCUACACCAUCUUCCUAUUUCCUGUGGGCUUCAUCGGUAACAUCCUCAUCCUGGUCGUAAACCUGGACUACAAAGGGCGCCUCAAGGCCCCGGAUCUCUACUUCGUCAACCUCGCUGUGGCCGAUCUCAUGCUGGUAGCCGACUCUCUGAUUGAGGUCUUCAACCUGAAGCAAGGCUACUACGACAAGGCUGGGCUCUGCACCUUCAUGAACCUCUUCCAGCAGGCCAACAUGUACAGCAGCGUCUUCUUUCUGACGUGGAUGAGCUUUGACCGCUUUGUGGCGCUGACCGGUCACAUGGGACGAGGUCGGCGGGAUGCGUGCAUCAGCUGCUGCCUCAUCUGGGUGUCCUCGUCUUUGCUUACCCUGCUGCCUUUCAUGGUAACUCAAGCUCAGCACCCCGGGGAGCUCACCUUCUGCUUUGCCAACGUAACACAGAUUCAGUGGCUGGAGGUGAUGCUGGGUUUUCUGCUGCCCUUCUGUGUCCUGGGGGUCUGCUACUGGAGAAUAGCUCAGGUUCUCCGACGCAGUCAGAGGGAACAAGAGGGACGGGAGAGGAGACCUCGCAGGCAGAAGGCUCUGAAGAUGAUCUCAGCGGCUGUUGUAGUGUUUUUUCUCUGCUGGCUUCCAGAGAAUGCCUUCAUAAGUGUCCACCUACUGAGAGGGGACAGGGACGGAGACACUCUGUGGCAGGACUAUCCCCUGACAGGCCACACAGUCAGACUGGCGGCCUUCUCUAACAGCUGCCUCAACCCCCUCAUCUACAGCUUCCUUGGAGAGACAUUUCAGGAGAAACUGAAGGUUUUUCUCCACCAGAGGAGCAAAUGGACCAAACUGCAGAGGUCACCUACUGGAAAGUCCAUCAAUGUGCCACAUACUGGCAACUGCAGCUGCGCAGAACACAACAAGUCCUGCGAAUCUAUAGAUUUAAUCUAAAACUUUCUCCCAUGACAGCUCACCUUCAAUAAAAACAGCUGGACGACAAAGUCACAGGAAGUAAAAGUGAAAUUUGUGUAUUGACGAGGUUAAAGGUCAGGUCAGAGAAUAGGCAAAACUCUUCCUAAUGUCAAAAAACAGAUGCAAUGCAAAAAGCUAUGAAUUUGUUGAAGACCUAAAACCUAUUUUUUCCCAUAUGCACAGAUCUUUGACAUGAAGCUCUUCUUUGCACAAAGAAUCACAUUUUAAAAUUGUUUGGAUAAAACUGUAAAAUUAAUAAAUAAAUAAAAUUAUGUUUUUUGU